UGAACCGUCCUCAUCUUUUCCAGCCCCUCCAAACCCUAACUUCCUCUAUAUAAGGAGCCGCACAUGACUCACUAACACAGGCAGCGGCCAGGCAGUAUCAUCCCUCUCUACCUCGCCUCCUUCUCCGCCUAAUCAACUCCACGGCCUGCUGAUUCUACUGCACAUUUAAAUAAUAUUCCUUCGGCACCAACACCGAAGACCAUUCGCCGGCAAGUUAAAUGGAUCGCCUCGGCGUCCGGAAUAAGAGGGCCAACAAGAAGCCGAUCAAGGUAGUGUACAUAGCAAACCCCAAGAUGGUGAAAGCAAGUGCCGCUGAUUUCAGGGCUCUAGUGCAGGAGCUCACCGGAAACAUUGGAAGCGGUGGUAGGACCAUAACAUCAUCACCGCCACCAAUUAGCUCGCCCGAUGAGAACAACAUGAUAAGGCCUUCACAGGUUGAUGAAAUUAUGAGCCCGAGAGCCGUAGUUUACCCUGUGGCAGAGACGAUAGGCAGCGACGAGCGGCCGCUAAGCGCGGACUACCGCUGCUUCCCCGCCGAGCUGUCCCUUGAAGACCUGAUCUUGCAACAGAUCAUGCUGGAAGGUUCUACAGUAUUUGAAAGCCAUGGUCCUUUUACGAGUCAGCUUGUGAAUUAUGAGCCUUUGAUUUGGAGUUAGUAAUAUGGUACCGAAUUCUUGUUGUGCGUGCAGGCCAACUAGAUUUGCGAAUUAGUUUGUGAGGCUCAGUUGUCGCGUUCCUCACUCGUUGUUAUUAUUCUAUGGUCCCAAAAUGAAGAAUAGUGUUAACUAAGUUGCCUUUGGUGGUUGAUAAAAUAUCUCAACUGUAUCUGUACAUUAAUGGCCGCAAACGUUGCUGCUUUAUGAAGCUCUAAAGUUGAUUAGAAACAUAAUCGUGGCCUUGAGGUUGGUGUUUUCUUUUAGCUGUAGCAAAUGUGACAGGCUCCAAUUUCUAUUGUAUUUAAAUUAUCUGGAUCGAGCUACCUCCAUUAUUGCUA